AUGACAGGCCAGGAUAACGGCGCGACCAGCAUUCGACAGGCUCUCGAGUCUGCCAGUGCGCACUACAUGAACCUCGUCGAAUUCGGCAUCCUCAAGGUCUUCAUAGACUUCAAAAUCUUUGACAACAUCCCCGUGGACGGCGCAAUCUCCAUCGCUGAUCUUGCCGCCAAGACCGGUGGCCAGGAGCAGCUGAUCCGGCGCUUCGCCGACUACCUGGUUGCCUCCGAGGUGCUGGCGGCCCCGUCCGCCGAUACCCUCGCACAUACGGCCCGCUCGGCGUCCUACCGAAGCACCGAACUGGCCGCCAACUUCAUCACCCACGUCUACCAGUUCUUCUUGCGACCCAUGGCUGCGUGGUCUGCCUAUUUCGAGGCACACGGCCUGGCGGAGCCCGGCGAUGCCCGGUCGAUUCCGCUCGGCUUCGGCACAGGCCACGCGACGCUCGAUCUGUACGGCGUCCUGGACGCGGAGCCCAAGAUGGCGCAGCUGUUCAACAGGGCCCAGGAGCGUUCGGCCGGCAUCUACUCGAUGAAGGGGGUGUACGACUUUGGCUGGAUGGAGGAGAUGCUGGUGGCCCGUCCGGCGCGACCUGCCAUUGUGGACGUCGGCGGCGGCCACGGACUUGCCCUGCAGGAGAUCAUGGCGGAGCAUGCGUUUGUGCCUCCAUCGCAGUGUACCGUGCUCGACCUGCCCAAGACAAUCGAGGUGGCCACGGCCAGAGCGGCGUCCAGCGAUGUCCUUGCUGCUGUCCGCUUCCUUCCCGGCACGAUGCUCGAUGCGUUCCCAACCGAGGUGCAAGGGGCACUGGUGUACCUGUUCCGCCGCGUGCUCAGCGAUUUUGUCGACAAGGAUAUUGUUCUGGCGCUUGGACGGGCGCGGGCCGCGGGUGCGCCCGACUCGCGGAUCAUCCUUGUUGAAGAACUUGUCAAGCCCGGUCGCGGCAAGUUUGCUAUUGCGCAGGACAUUGCAGUCUUGAAUUUUGGAGGCAAGAGGCGCAGUGAAGGCAUGUGGCGUGAAUUGGCCGCCAUGGCUGGACUCCGGAUCAGUGCCGUCUAUGAGGAUGGCAAGUCGGAAUAUGCGGUUCUUGAGCUCACUCUUGCAUAG